ACCAGUAGUGGGAAUGUCGGAGGAUAACGUCGCUGUCUCGUGGAUUUGGUUUCAGGGGGGCUCUUCGUCUCAUCGACAGAACCGAAGUACGUGUUCACGAAGAAUCAGGGGGUUAAGCCAAAUAUAAUUCCUAGUACCAAUAUAAAAUUACGUAUCGGUAGUUUUCGGGUAGAUUCGGCUGAUUUCGUGGGGGAGGAAAUUUAUUUAGUAUCUUUCUACCCCCCCGCCACCCCUCGGCCCCUCGCCCUGCAGGACCUCCGGAGUGCAUGUCCUCGGCUGUUAAACAUUUUUUCUGCGAUGCCUGUCGUCGGUCGCUGAGGAGCGGGCGAAGUCGUGUUACUCGAGUGGAACCGUUUGUCUGUGUGGUGCCUGCCGUCUCCAUGUGACGGAUGACCCGAGACUGACAAUGAAGUGGUCCAGUGCACCUCUUGUGCUCGUGACCCUUGUGAUGUCUCUCGUCACCCUCGCCGAAGAGGUGACUAGCAAGAACAAGGCAGGACGUGGACGGGGCAGCAAGUGGUGGGGAGUUGCCAAAGCUGGUGAGCCCAACAACUUGCUCCCACAGACGCCUGGAGCGCUGUACAUGGACCCGACAGUUCACUCUGUUCUCCGGCGAAAGCAACGACGUCUAGUCCGGGAGAACCCCGGAGUCUUAGUGGCGGUCGCCAAAGGCGCCAACCAGGCCAUUCUGGAGUGCCAGUUCCAGUUUCGGAACAGGCGAUGGAAUUGCUCUACCAGAAAUUUUCUCCGGGGUAAAAAUCUCUUCGGAAAAAUUGUCGACAGAGGCUCUCGAGAGACGGCGUUCAUCUACGCCAUCACGAGCGCCGCGGUGGCGCACUCCGUGGCGAGGGCGUGCAGCGAGGGCAGCAUCGAGUCAUGCACUUGCGACUACAGUCACCAGGCGCGGGCCCCCCAGGUCUAAAAAACCAUGCCCGGCCUCCGGGACUGGGAGUGGGGGGGUUGUUCCGACAACAUCGGCUACGGCUUCAAGUUCUCCCGGGAGUUCGUGGACACGGGAGAGCGCGGCCGAAACCUACGGGAAAAGAUGAACGUUCACAACAACGAGGCCGGACNNNAGCACGUCUCCUCCGAGAUGCGACAGGAAUGCAAGUGUCACGGUAUGUCCGGAUCGUGCACUGUGAAAACGUGUUGGAUGAGACUCCCCAGUUUCCGAGUCGUUGGCGACAAUCUCAAGGACCGCUUUGACGGAGCUUCCAGGGUCAUGGUGAGCAACGCGGGCAGCUUGCGAGGCCAAGGCAACGGUGGAGGUCCCGGAAGUAAAAGAAGCCGAUACACCUUCAAGCUGAAGCCUUACAACCCAGACCACAAGCCACCGGGAACCAAGGACCUGGUUUAUUACGAGCCGUCGCCGGGAUUCUGCGAACGCAACCCACGGCUCGGGAUUCUCGGCACGCACGGUCGUCAAUGCAACGAAACAUCUAUAGGAGUGGACGGCUGCGACCUGAUGUGCUGUGGUCGAGGGCACAGGACUGAGGAGCAGACCGUCAUCCAACGGUGCGCGUGUACGUUCCAUUGGUGCUGCGAGGUGAAAUGCAGUCUUUGCCGGACAAAACAGACCGUGCACACGUGCCUGUGAGCGUUUGCGACGUACGAAACGCGAAGAAAUGUUUGUUUGUUUUAUCUGACAACACUUUAUCAGUAGCUCAGACUACUUAGCGUCGGUGUAAAAAGUAAGAAAAUGUUACGUCUCCAUAAUAGGACAAUUCUUACUUGAAAAUAUUCACCGAAAUGUGGAAAUGAGAUUUAAAGUUUAAAGAGAUUUCGUCGUAAACUGAACUGUGUACGAAGUCUGGAAUUGACUUAAGCUGAGUUACUGGCGUUAGGCUUAGGAACAUAUAACUCCUAUGGAGACUGAGUUUUGUAAGCUCCGUGGUUGAACUAUCAAUACCCAGAGUGUAACACGAAAAUCAAGAGCUAAUUUCGACGGAAUUAAAGGUGACGUUCUAUUUCGAAACUUGAUCACAUGAUACGGUAAGAUACAUUUCUAAAUAAACUCUUUUGUUUAAGGUAUCGGUGAACCAGCAGUUUUCUUUAUAUUUGUAUAACUUACUGCUCAAAUGUAGCCCACGGAACGUUAGUAAUCGCGACACCGCCCUUUAAUAACUUCACGUAAGUGUCGUAAAUUUAAAUUUUGAUUUAAAGAUAUUUUUUGAAAAGAUUUUAAGAGUUUUUUUUUCUUAUAUGGGAGUGGAUAGUUCUAACCGAAUUAGCCGUAACAGCUGAGACAAAUUUAAAUUUACGAUUAACUUAUGCUAAAUUAUUUAAUGAGUUAACCCGUUCACUAAAGUUUCAUAGGCUACGUUUAAGCAAUAAAUAAUAAAAAAUACAAAUAAACUGCGGUUUAAAACGUAAUUAUCUACGUAGAAAUGUACUCAUAUUUGAAACGACUGCACCGAACUUUAAAAACACAUAUCCUAAUAGAAAGUUUAGGACUCAAGAUAUAUAUAUAAACUGUUGACUGUGUCAUCUCAAUGCCAAAGCGUCAUUUUCAAUUUCACUGUAUCAGAAUAUAUCCAGUGGCUAUUUAUUCGUCUUCAAGAAAGUUGACAAUUACGAUGUAUUAUAUCUAAUAGUCGUACUUAUGGAAAUGCUGAGUGAUUAUAAUACAGAAAAUAGGUGUUAACGUCGUCUUCCUGUCAUAAUCUGAACGUGUUGACCCCCUGAAACACUGUAGGAAGUGUAUGUUCGAUGCCGUAUGAAUUAAGCUAGUGUGUUAAAGUGUUUUAUUUUUAUUAUUCUGUUACUAAUAAUCGCCAUUACAGGGAUCUAUGUAUUUAUGUGUGUGACUGAGGCUGAAUCUACAUGAACACAGGUAGAAAAACCCGUCACGUGUUUCACAAAGCGUAUUACUGACGCUAGUCACUUGAGCGGUCGGAGAAUUGUAAAUAUUUUAAAUUUUAUUAAGGUAAUAUUAAAGUAAAGAAAUUGCCUUUCUACAAUUUAUUAUAAUGUAAGAAUUUUGAAUUAAUAUUAUUUAUUGAAUGAUUGUUACUUAUAAAAUAAUAAAUAAUUAAUAAGUGAAAAAUGAUCAUUAUAUAUCAAACACUGUUUACGGUUAAGCUGCAACACCCACUGACUCCCGGAUUCCGUGAUCAGCGGAAUCCGUUCAGGGAUUCCUGGUCCUUUGUUACCGGUACAGCUGUUUAAAGAACGUUCCGUAAUCUUAUAACUGUUAAGAAACGUGUCUGAGGCCUGUUUGCAUCUUUCUUAAGCCUGUCGGAAAUUGGUUAAGAUUUUGUGAAGUUUAUGUAUGUAAGCUUCCGUAAAAAUCUAGAACUGUAUUAAGUAUAACACGUUGAUAGUUUCGUAGUUCUAAAACGAUUUGUAACUGUGGAAAACAUUUUCAGCAGGGCCCAUUCUUACUUAAGUGUCCCAAAUUAAAUUUAGAAACGCAAUUUCGGUAAUUAUAAAACACCUUUGGAGACGGUAUUAAAUCUACGAACGUACGGAUUUCUGUUACAGUACACAGGCAUUUUGGUUAGAUAGUUGCUAGUUUAAGAAUUCGAAAAAUCACUCGUACGUACGUAAAUGUUAUUUAUGUGAAGUUUGUGAGACUUAAGUUUUGAAGCACGUUCUUUGUGUGAGAAUAUGUGCAAAAAGCAGUGGUCCCAUCUAAAUAAUAUAUUCUUUGGGACGUAUUAAGCCCUGUUCUGCAGAAACCGCGCACUGUGUAGAAUCAUGCGUUACUUGAAGCUUAACACUGGAGUCAUGAGUUCGAAUACCACUCGUGUAAAUGUCUGCGUUUGGCCUCCUCUGUGUAUAUAGAGGCGUCAGGCUUAGCCCAUGUGCAAGGAGUCCUAAUGAAUGUGUAAACUGAUUCAUAAUUGCAAAAGAAUUCUUAUAAACUGAUCCAGACCUUAAGGUCCAACGCGUGAGAAAGGAAGACCUACCAAUUAUUGAUAUUCGGAGUACAUUCUUUUUACUUGUCCUCGAAUACAAGGACUUGAAAUUAUUUUAAAAAGCUAAUCUGUCAUUUGAAUAUGUGACUACGAAUUCAAAGCUCCUUUUCGUGAAAAUCAAGGCGUCUUAAUCUUUGUAUUUAUUUUAAGGUCGGUGAAUUAUAACUGUUAUUUUUUUUAGGAAAGAGAACAAAUAUUAAUUUUUCUUGUAGAAUUAAUUAAAUGUAAUUUUGAUUCAAUUUGAGAUUUAGAAUGAGUUUUUACUUUCUUUAAAACACUGGUUAUUACAAAAUUGCUGGUAUAAAUGUAAUAUAUUCCGAGUCAUCUGACUAUCAUUUUACUACGCAGUGUAACAGAUCGCAGAUUAGCUAUGCAAAAUUAUUAAUUGAUAUUCUAUUUACCAAACAUAAGAAGGAAUAAAAUUUGUAAUAAUUAUCACAGAUCAUACGAAUUAUACAAAAGACACUUUAUAAGAUUACAUUAAUCGUGAAUUAAUUUCAUAAGCAAAUGAUACUGACAAUAACUUCUCAAUAAAUAAUUUACAUAUCCUCUUUCGAAAUGUACCUGCAGCUCGUGGUAUGGGGAUGCUGGCUUAGUUGAAGUCAUGAUAUGGGAACACUUCGCCGAUCUUUCUAAACAGAUUCCAGUGAAAAAAAUCUGUGUCGCGACUUCAAAUGCCUUACGCUAGCGACGAACAUAUCUGCACUUAAAAAUUUGCUCCUGAAACACAGUGUUCGGAUUUUGUCAAUAUCGUUUCGUGUUUGUUUGUUUUUCGAUUUCAAUUCUCAGUCCGAAGUUGCUACUUUUUUUCUUCGAACUGGUCCGUAUAUUCUCUUGUCUCUGUAAGAACGUUGCCACCGUAAUUUGUCCUUCAAAUUCUUUCUGGGCUGACGUACGUUUCUCUCGCUCUCUCUUCUACAUUGUCAUUUAAAAUGGGCCAAUAGUUCGAAACAAGUCCGGAGAUAUUCCUCCAUUCUGACAUGCGCAGAAACACACUCAGCCUAUGACAAAAAUUAUCACUGCGACCAUACAAUUUCUAAUCGAAUAUAAUCAUUACGGAAAGACGUUAGUUUGGGCAUAAUAUUUAAUGAUUUUGUGCUGUUGAAUCAACUUCAGCAGUUUGAUAUGUUCUGUAAAAGGCUUCAGAUCGUAAUGGUGGAUGCGUAUCCCUGUUUUUGAAUCUUAAAGGCUACACCUUUCAGAAUAAAAACAGAAGGGGGUCGCUAAGAAGUCUGCUUUUUGAGAUGCGUGUGGCACAUCUGGAAAUGAGAUUUUUAUACGGUAUUGAAUAGUUAAUUUGUAGACUAAUUAAUGUAAAUUAUCUUAGUCUAUUAGAAUAUUCUUGCUUGCAGUCUGAUAGAGUCUAUUCAAAUUAUCAUAUAAUUACUAUGUUCCAUACACGUCUUUAGUAAUAUGUCGUACUAUUUUAUAAACAAUAAAACGAAGUAGUAUACUCUUGCCAUUUGUUUACAUACCGUACGUGACAUAGGCGCGUGCUGUAUCUAUUUUAAACACGAAACGAUGACAUAAUGAGUUUAGUAACUGCAAAUUCGUGCUGUGGUUCGCUAGAAUUUUGUUGCGAGUAGUUGGCACACAGGCCUACAGACGAUGGGUGUAUUUUAUUAUGGUCAUGUUUCACUUAUUUCUUUACAGUUUGUGCCAAUGAUGGUGAAUGUAAGCCUUGAACCGUAUGUUGUAUGCUUGUAGUAAUAAAUGUAGGCCAAUGCCUUUUCAUGCAAAAUAUAAAAGAAAGUUGGAUAAUA